GUCAAACAAAUCUAUCCAAAUUCUGAUGAAUCGGGUCAGAAAACAGAGAGUCCCAUAAUAUUGCAUCCCGUGGCAGGCAACUACAAGCGACAACGAAUUCCACCUUUCUAAAUUAGGAUAUUGUUUCCUGGAUAACCGGAAAAUCCAUCACUGAUUUGCGUUAGAAAUAUAAGCUAACGGGGGGAAAACAAACACGCUGUGGGAGAUCAAAUCCGAUGAGCAUGGAGAUCGAUAUACCCGUGACUGCUGCGGCACGAAGAGACAUGGAAGCGAACAGAGAAGAGGCGCUGGACGACGAUGGCUUGCCGAGGAGAACCGGAACUGUGUGGACGGCGAGCGCGCAUAUCAUAACGGCGGUGAUCGGUUCCGGCGUGCUAUCCUUGGCAUGGGCCAUGGCUCAGCUCGGUUGGGCAGCUGGAAGCGUGUCGCUCGUUCUCUUCUCCGUCAUCACGCUGUACACUUCCAGUCUGCUGGCCGACUGCUACAGGACUGGAGAUCCAUGCUACGGCACCAGAAACUACACCUACAUGGCCGCGGUCAAGUCUAAUUUAGGUGGAACAAAGCUCUGGCUCUGCGGGCUCUCCCAAUACGUAAACCUCUUCGGAGUUUCCAUCGGCUACACCAUCACAGCUUCCCUCAGCUUGGCGGCCAUUGUCAAGUCGAAUUGCUACCAUUGGAAAGGCCGCGAAGCAGAUUGCAGUGUUCCCACCAGCCUCUUCAUGGUUGGGUUCGGCAUGGUCCAAAUCUUUAUGUCUCAACUCCAAAACUUCCACAAACUGUGGUGGUUGUCCAUCGUUGCAGCACUGAUGUCCUUUUGCUACUCUUUCAUUGGCGUAGGUCUUUCAGCAAAAAGCGUCAUCUCCGGGGAAAUCGGUGAGACGAGCAUCACAGGUACGGUCGUCGGAGUGGACGUCACUGCGGCCGAGAAGAUCUGGAAGUCAUUUCAGGCGCUCGGAAAUAUCGCGUUUGCGUAUUCGUAUUCGUUGAUCUUAAUCGAGAUCCAGGACACUCUGCGAUCUCCUGCAGAGAACAAAGUGAUGAAGAGAGCAACCGUCGUGGGUGUGGCAGUGACCACCGUCUUCUACAUCCUCUGUGGUUGCCUCGGCUACGUUGCGUUCGGAAACAAAGCUCCGGGAAACAUGCUAACCGGGUUCGGAUUUUACGAGCCGUUCUGGUUGAUCGACAUUGCCAACAUCUGCAUCGUGGUGCAUUUGCUCGGAGCUUAUCAGGUGUUCAGCCAGCCACUGUUUGCAGUAAUAGAACUACGGAUCGCCCAGUGGUUUCCCAACUCAAACCUACUGAAUCACGAGCGUCCCAUUGUGAUCAACAAUCGCCUUGGCUUCAGCGUCAACGGUUUCCGACUGGCAUGGAGGACUGGGUUCGUGAUCACGAGCACGACUCUGGCCAUCAUCAUGCCCUUCUUCAACGAAGUGCUCGCGUUCCUGGGAGCUCUGGGGUUCUGGCCGCUCACGGUCUACUUUCCGAUCGAGAUGUACAUCGCUCAGAAAGGUGUCGCGAGGUUUUCCACCAAGUGGGUGUUCUUGCAAUGCUUGAGCUUCGUGUGCUUCCUCAUCUCCGUGAUCGCGGCCUGUGCUUCCAUUCAAGGCGUGAUAGCAUCAUUAAAGCACUUCUCCCCAUUCCAUACGAGAUUUUAA